AUGCCUCCUCGCAUUUCCUUCGCUACAGUGCUCAGCGCGGUCGUGCCAUUGAUCGUGGGAGUCAUUGGACAUGAUGCCAACAACACGAAUAUACUGCCGUUCAUAGAUCCUCUGAUCGGGACUUUAAACGGCGGUCAUGUCUUCGCCGGAGCAACGUUACCAUUUGGAAUGGCGAAGGCUGUGGCCGAUGUGACUAUCGAGGACCAGGCUGGCUUUUCGAGUGAGGGCGGUGCUCUCAUCAAGGGCUUUUCCCACAUGCACGAUUCGGGAACUGGAGGAGGAUCGAGUAUGGGCAAUUUUCCCUUAUUCGCACAUGCAGGCUGCCCCAAUGACGAUGUCAACAACUGCAAUUUCACGAGGGGCUCACGCCCGGUCGCUCGAAUCAACGGUUCUGUCGAGGCGAAGCCUGGCUACUUUGCCAUAUCACUGGAGACCCAAAUCAAGGCAGAGAUGACCGUGACCAACCACACGGCUCUCUACCGCUUUACCUUCCCGGACAAGCCCACGACCGAGAACACUACGCUGAGUCCUCUGAUACUCCUCGAGCUGACGGAUCUCCCCACAUCUACAGUCAACGGUUCCACGUGCGUAGAGGACAAUGGUCGCAUCACAGCUAGUGGACACUUCACCCCAAGUUUUGGCAACCAGAAUCAACUCUGGGCUCUCCAUACUUGUGUCGACUUUCAAGGCGCCGACGUCCGCGACACUGGGGUCUUCGUCAACAACAGGGCUUCUGCCGAGGUUAAGAACUACACUGGUAUUGUGGACGGCCUCAACUUCCCCGCUCCUCUUCCGUCCGGUUCUUGGGUACGCUUCAAUGCACCGAAGGCUUCCAACCAGAUCCUCGCUCGCGUGGGUCUGAGCCUCAUCAGCGUCGAGCAAGCCUGCCGUAAUGCUCAGACCGAAAUUCCGGACUUCAACUUCGAGAGCGUCCACACCGCCGCCCAACAAGCAUGGUCCGAAAAGAUGAGCGUGGUACAGAUCAAACCCGGCGGCGUCAACGACAGCAUGCAGACGAUUUUCUGGAGUGGUCUGUACCGAUCAAUGAUCUCUCCACAGGACUACACGAAUGAGAACCCGCUAUGGGAGAGUGCAGAACCGUACUACGACUCCUACUACUGCAUUUGGGACUCUUUCCGCAGUAUCCAUCCUUUGCUCACGAUCCUGGAUCCGUACUCGCAGAUCCAAAUGGUACGCAGUCUGAUCGACAUCUACCGACACGAGGGCUGGCUUCCGGACUGUCGCAUGUCGCUCUGCAAAGGGUUCACGCAGGGAGGCUCCAAUGCCGACGUCGUGCUCGCGGAGACGUACCUCAAAAUUGGCAAGCUUGCAGCGGACUAUGGCGUUGAUUGGGCUACGGCGUAUGAAGCUGUCGUCAAAGAUGCGGAGGUCGAGCCACCGAAUUGGGGGAUCGAAGGACGUGGCGGACUGGAUUCGUGGAAGUCGUUGAAUUACAUUCCGACUGAUGACUUUGAUUUCAAAGGCGUUGGGCUUAUUACGAGAAGUAUUAGCAGGACGCUGGAGUAUGCUUACAAUGACUUUUGUAUUGCUGAGAUGGCGCAGGGGUUGGGAAAUAUGGCGGAUCAUGAGAAGUACAUUGGGACAUCAGGCUACUGGAAGAACAUGUGGAAGUCCGAUCAAACCAGCGCCAUCAACGGUACCGACACCGGCUUCACCGGCUUCUUCAUGCCCAAAUUCCAAAACGGCACCUGGGGUUUCCAAGACCCCAUCUACUGCUCGCCGCUCUACAACUUCACCUCCUGCUACCUCAAUCCCAACGGCCACGAAACCUACGAAGGCAGCUCCUGGCUCUACACCUUCUUCGUCCCACACGACAUGUCAAGUCUGAUCACCACCGUCGGCGGUCCAUCGACCUUUGUCAAACGCCUCGACUACCUUCAUGAAUUCCCUGGCUUGCUUUACGUUGGCGACGAGCAGGCUUUUCUGACGGUGUAUCAAUACCACCACGCCGCCCGCCCCGCCAAAUCCGCCCAACGCAUCCACUCCUACAUCCCCUCUCAAUUCAACACCUCCCUCAACGGAAUCCCCGGCAACGACGACUCCGGCGCCAUGGGCUCUUUCAUCGCCCUCUCCAUGAUGGGCAUCUUCCCCAACGCCGGCCAGGACGUCUACUACAUCACGCCUCCCUUUUUCGAAGAAGUCAGCAUCACGAAUAAGUUGACGGGCAAAGUCGCUACGAUUAGGAAUGUGAAUUUCGAUCCGGAGUAUAAGAAUGUGUUCAUUCAGAGUGUUACGAUGAAUGGAGAACCUUGGACGAAGAAUUGGUUCGGGCAUAAGUUUUUCUUGGAGGGUGGCGUGUUGGAAUUGACGUUGGGGAGUGUGGAGAGUGGGUGGGGAACCAGGGAGGAGGAUGUGCCGCCUAGUGUUAGUGAUCAGGGAAGUGGCGAGGGGAUGCGGUAUUUUAUGUAG